CACGAAGUCAGCACAAAUUUAAAAUUCACUCCUACAGUAGUCCGGCAUUCUGUGACCACUGCGGCUCGCUUCUGUAUGGGUUGUACCACCAAGGAAUGAAAUGUAGCUCAUGUGAAAUGAACGUUCAUGAACGAUGUAUCAAGCACGUGCCAAAUCUAUGUGGGUCCGACCACACGGAAAGACGAGGACGAAUACACCUCUCUGUACAAGUGGAUGGUGGAAAGCUACACGUAAAAGUAAUCGAUGCCAAGAAUCUAAUUCCCAUGGAUCCUAAUGGAUCUUCAGAUCCAUAUGUGAAGCUUAAGUUGAUUCCCGACUCUUCUGGGAGAUCCAAACAGAAGACAAAGACAAUAAAAUCUUGCCUUAACCCAACUUGGAAUGAAUCCUUUGUUUUUACACUCAAAGAGGAGGAUAAAAACAAAAAUAAUUACGAUCUCAAAGAUUGUUGUCAAAGAAUAAGAAGAGGUGUAAAUUUCACAUUAAGUGGUUUAUUGAGGCAGCAGAUUGGUGAUAAAACAGGCGAGACAGAAAGAGAGCCACUAUCAGUCGAUCAAAUUACCAACAAAGUAUCUGACGUGAUUCGAGCAAGUGAUUUCAACUUCUUAACAGUUCUAGGCAAAGGAAGCUUUGGCAAGGUUAUGUUGGCUGAAAGGAAGGGUACUGACGAGCUUUACGCAAUCAAGAUUCUAAAGAAGGAUGUAAUUAUACAAGAUGAUGAUGUAGAAUGUACAAUGAUAGAGAAGAGAGUGCUGGCACUGGCUCAGAAACCACCAUUCCUCACCCAACUACAUUCAUGCUUUCAAACCCAGGAUCGUCUAUACUUUGUCAUGGAGUAUGUCAAUGGAGGUGACUUGAUGUUCCAGAUUCAGAAAGUAGGCAAAUUCAAGGAACCACAUGCUGUAUUCUACGCGGCGGAAAUAGCUGUCGGCCUGUUCUACCUCCACAAACAAGGAGUCAUCUACAGGGAUUUGAAACUUGAUAAUGUUCUACUCGACCAUGAAGGACAUAUCAAGAUUGCCGACUUUGGCAUGUGUAAAGAGAGAAUGUUUGAUAAUGCAACCACAAAAACGUUUUGUGGUACUCCGGACUACAUUGCCCCAGAGAUUGUUGCUUAUCAACCUUAUGGUAAAGGAGUUGAUUGGUGGGCAUUCGGCGUUCUUCUUUAUGAAAUGCUUGCUGGCCAGCCUCCAUUUGAUGGCGAGGAUGAAGAAGAGCUUUUCCAAUCUAUAUUGGAACACAAUGUAUCCUAUCCAAAGGCAAUGUCGAAAGAAUCUGUGUCAAUUUGUAAAGGAUUUUUAACCAAGCAUCCUGCAAAGAGGCUAGGAUCAUCGUCUGAAGCAGAACGCGACAUCAAGGAACACAUAUUCUUCCGUCGUAUUGAUUGGGACCGUCUAGCCGCCCGUGAAAUCCAACCACCAUUUGUUCCAAUCAUUAAAAACCCUCGUGCUGCCGAGAAUUUCGACAAGUACUUUACGAAGAACCCAUGCACUCUGACUCCAACUGAGCCACUGGUUAUCAUGAACAUUCAAGACGAAUUUAAGGGCUUUACAUUUGUCAAUCCCUACUUUAAUGGAUCAUUGAAAAACACAAUGGACACAAGCAAUUUUGACAAAGAAUUUACAGCCCUCUCGAUCAAGCUGACACCCACCGACAAACUUUGCAUUAUGAACCUUGACCAAACUGAAUUUGACGGCUUUACUUUCAUCAAUCCUGAAUUUGUCAUCAAAUGUUAAUAACAUAAGUGCAAGGAACAUAUGUGACACAGAUUUUGUGACAGUAGUUGUAAUCUGUGGUACACAGAAAUUGUGCAGUCUCUUGUUUGUUAACUGAUAACAUAGUGGGUUUUGUUAACUUAUUUCUAGUUAUUUUUUUUCUUUUGCUGCAAUUUCAACCUUGAGUUAGUAUUAGCUAGAGUGCUUAGGGAUCUUAGAUGAAGAAAAACUGCUAUCAGUAAUAUGUAAUAACUGAGUAAUGCCCUGUUCUAUUAAUUUUUGGGAAAUAUUUAAAUAUGUAGAAGCCAAGACUAUUAUUAUUUUGCCAGAGGAACCAUGGAUCUCAAUUUCAAGUUUUACUUUGUUGUCCUUUUUGUUGGUCAUCAAUUUUCUCUUGAAGAUUGUCUGGAUUAACAUACAGGUCGAUCAUUUGUAGCACUUUGAAAUGUUUACUUUAUAUGGGUAUAGAUAAGAAUUUUUCAAGCUAAAACAGUAUUUUGAUUGACGGUAUAUUUUUUUGUAUUAUAUAAUCAUCAGUUUGAUCAUUUAUAGGACUAACACUUGUGCAGAAUUGAUCCUGCCCGCUUUAGGACUGUAAUAUUUUUAUUAUUUUUUUUUUUUGGAAAUUUGAAAUAGAUUCAUCUAUUGUAAAAAAUAUUAGCCAGAUAAGAUGGACAUUGUCACCAUCGUUGAGGCUGUUAUUUUUAUUUUUGUUCCAUUUCCCAUAAAACCAUUUUUUAUUUUA